GGCCGCGCUGCAGUACCGCCUGACGCCGGCGGCGGGCGAGGAGCGCGAGCUCCGCUUCCUGUUUGGGCCGGCCUUCGACGACGAGGAGAUCCGCGCUAUGCGGGCCAAGCACCUCAGCAAGGAGGCCUUCGCACGGUCGGCGCGCGACUACGCGGCCUACGUCGAGGCCGGGCGCGGCUGCCUGCGGAUCGAGACGCCGGACAAGGACCUGGACAACUUUGUCAACAACUGGAUGCCGCGGCAGGUGUACUACCACGGCGACGUGAACCGCCUGACGACGGACCCGCAGACGAGGAACUACCUGCAGGACAACAUGGGCAUGAACUACAUCAAGCCUGCCGUGGCGCGCAAGGCCCUCGUCACGGCGCUGGCGCAGCAGGAGGUCACGGGCGCCAUGCCCGACGGGAUCUUGCUGGUCGAGGGCGCGGAGCUCAAGUACAUCAACCAGGUGCCACACACGGACCACUGCGUCUGGCUGCCGGUGACGCUGGAGGUGUACCUGGACGAGACGGGCGACUACGGCCUGCUCUCCGAGUCGGUGCCCGGCAUGCACGGCGACGCGUACACCGUGUUCGAGCGCAUCAGCCGCGCCAUGGACUGGCUGCUGUCGGCGCGCGACGCGCGCGGCCUGAGCUACAUCGCGCAGGGCGACUGGUGCGACCCGAUGAACAUGGUCGGCUACAAGGGCAAGGGCGUGUCGGGCUGGCUCACGCUGGCGACGGGCUACGCGCUGAACCUGUGGGCGGCCGUGUGUGACGAGCACGCGCGGCCCGAGCUGGCGGCGCGGUACCGCGCGGGCGCCGACGAGGUCAACGCGGCGGCCAACAAGCACCUGUGGGACGGCGACUGGUUCGCGCGCGGCAUCACCGACGACGGCGUCGUCUUCGGCACCAAGGCCGACCGCGAGGGCCGCAUCUGGCUCAACCCGCAGGCGUGGUCGAUCCUCAGCGGCGCGGCCAGCGCCGAGCAGCGGGCGCGCAUGCUGCCGCAGGUGGACGAGCAGCUGGGCACGCCGUACGGCGUGGCCAUGUUCGCGCCGCCGUUCAGCGGCAUGCGCGAGGACGUGGGGCGCGUGACGCAGAAGCACGCCGGGUCGGCCGAGAACGGCGCCGUGUACAACCACGCGUCCAUCUUCUACAUCUACAGCCUGUACAUGGCCGGCGAGGACGAGCGCGCCUUCAAGCUGCUGCGCCAGAUGGUGCCCGGGCCGAGCGACGAGGACUACGUGCAGCGCGGCCAGCUGCCCGUGUACAUCCCCAACUACUACCGCGGGGCGUGGCACCAGUUCCCGCGCACGGCCGGCCGCUCCAGCCAGCUGUUCAACACGGGCACCGUGUCGUGGGUGUACCGCUGCUUCAGUGAGGGCCUGAUCGGCCUGCGCGGCGACCGGGACGGCCUGCGCAUCCGGCCGCGCCUGCCGGCGAGCUGGGACGCCAUCAAGGCCACGCGCCAGUUCCGCGGCGCCACCUUCGCCCUCGACAUCCGCCGCUCCGACGACGUCGAGGACGUCGCCGUCCUGCGCGACGGCAAGGCCCUCCCCGGGGCCCGCGUCACGGGUAUCCGUGCCGGCGAGACCUACCAGCUUACUGUGCUUGUGCCGCGGGUAAAUUAAUUUUGGGCAUUUCUCUCUCCCUCUCUCCCUGUGUUCGGUUGAUCACUUCCAUUUCCAUUGCAAGGGAAAACGGCACCUCGUGGUUGGGCAAGUCAACAAAAUUUGGGAAAAGGAAAAUGCAAAAAGGAAAUACAAAAAGUCUGUUUUUUGUUCGGCAGUUUCUUUCUCGUGUCUUUUCUUUCUUUUUUACGCCACUUUGCUUUUUCCCCCCUCCUAUUUUCCUUGAUCCCCCUCCCUCUAGAUCUAGCUAUUGGGUAAUUAGACUGAGAUAGCGAUAUGUGACGUAUGAGACAAGAGACCGUUGACUUGACAUAUGUGAAACAUGACUGCCAACUGCAAGG